GAAAGUUUGCGGGACACAACAGUAUAUAAAGAGAGUACGAAUCUCCACUCAUCACUCAUCACUGGCCUACCUGAGGAAGAGUACCUGAAGAAAACAGUGAUUUAUCUACUACAAAAGACAAGCAGCACCACCAUCAUCACCACCAUGAAGGUUCUGAUCAUCUUUGCACUACUUUGUGUCGCCCUCUCUGCUAGGGCAGCAGCAGUUCCUGUGGAGAGCGAUCCUGUGGAGAGCGAUGCUGUGGCGGUAGAAGAGCCAAAAAGUGCCCCAGGGGAGGCUGUUGAGGUUGAGGCUCCUGCAGCAGAAGAGAAGCUGAGUGACGGCCCAGGUGUCUUUUCAGAAGCUGAGAUUGAGGCAGUUGAGGUGGUUGCAGCAGCACCUAAAGAUAAAGCGGCACGCAGGUUCUGCCCUGACGGAUGGUUCAGCUACCAGUCCAAGUGUUACAUGUUUGUGAACACUCCUCGGUCCUGGUUCGGAGCCGAGGAACACUGCAAUGAACUGGGCGCCAGCCUGGCCUCCGCCGGCUCCUCCCCCGAGUAUCGUUACCUGCAACAGAUAACCAGAACAGCCAACAGAGCCACCGCCUGGAUCGGUGGAUUCUACCUCCAGGGAACUUGGAUGUGGAUCGACCGCUCAGGAAUGUAUUACACCAACUGGUACAGCCAGAGCACCGCAACCAGCAACUCCUGCAUGUACCUGCAAUCUGCUGUGGGCCAGGGGUGGAGGAACCUCGGAUGUGGCGGACAAUUACCAUUCAUCUGCGUGCACAACUAUCGCUGUUAGUCAACAUUGCGAAGAUACUGUUAAUUGCUUGACACCUUUUCUAACUGCUUUCAACAUGUGCUUUGUUUACUGACUGUAAGUGACUUUAAGUGUUCGUCCAAGGGUUAAAUGUGAUGCAAUUUCAAAUGUAAUUGCCCAUUUAUGUACCUCAACCUUUAUUAUUUUCCAGUAAUAAACAUUUUUUAAAGUA